CCCCGAAACACCCCACCUUCUUACCCACCAGCUCUGACCACUUGCUCCAUCACCUCGGUUGCCGACGCGCUCAAAAUUUUCCCCUUCGACGUCGCGUAAUUUAAACAAAUUGUUUGCAAGCUCACCUCACAUCAUGACCGGCCGACUGACGAGAUGAUGAACACAGACCAGACGGAACCGACAGUCGCAAUGGAGACGGCGGUUGCUGUCGAGAAUCUCUCUCCCCUGGCCGUCGCCCGCCGGCCCAUGGGCGCGGUCUUCACCACUGGCCCCUUCAAGCCCAUCUCCCAGGGCUUCUCGCUCUUCUUUGAGGCCCUGCUCUCCGCCGUUGCCCUCGGCAAUGCCGACACCUUGGAGACGCUGGCUCACCUUGACGUCUCCACCGUCUCAUCCAUUUCUGAAAACGAAGACGACAAAGGCGUUCCCGCCUUCAGCAAGCCUUCUACUUCCCACCAGACGCCCGUUCCGGAGAUCUCCGCUUGUCCGGCGGUGGAGACUCCUGGCCCAGUCGACUCGGCCAUCAUCAAGGAAGACAAUGAGGCUGCCGCAACCAUCACUCUGCGCAAUGAAGACAGCCAGGGCAUGAACGCCGAGUCCCCUACAGUUACUGCCGUCACCCAAGACGUCAUCGCAUCUCAGCAGGCCGAGACCGCCCUCGCUUGCACCGAGGACAGCACUGCGCCUGUCGAUGCUUCGCUCCCUGACAUCACUCGCGAUGCUGAGCCUGUCAUUGAUGAGGCCGAGGGUUCUACUAGCAUUGCCGUUGCCUGUGCCACCGAGGAGCAGCACGAUGCUUCCGAGGUCGACUUGAUUGUUUCUGAAGGCGAGGCCGUCGCCGCUGCUGAGUGCACUCUGGACGCUGAGGUUCAGGUCACCGACAACGUCUCCGAUGAGACUCAGCACACCGAGUCCCCGAAGGAGGACUCCGUUUGCGUUGUCUCUGAGGGCGUAACUGAUACUGUCACUUCUGCUGUUGAUACACUUGAUAACUCCCUUAACUCUUCCAUCGAGGCUGCCAAAGUCUCUGACGUCACCUCGGCAGCUGCCGGACUCGAUAACAUUGAGGACACCUCGGCAGCAGAAGUCUCGGUCAAACUGGACAUUGAAAGCAACCCCGCUGACAAGCCAGAGGCCGUUGCUACCCAGGACAUCACAUCCGCUCCAGAGAACAUCUCUCAUCAGGACUUCAUCGAGGACUCCGAGAGUGUCGCCAAGGAUGUCAUCGAGGACAUCGUUGUCAGCAGCAAUGAAAACCUUGACACCAAUGCCGACGUUGCCGUUGAGGCUACGGAUGAGGAGCUGACCCAGAUCAGCGAUGUCGAGUCCAUGGAGACCAUUUCCGACGAAGGGGACGAAGAGCCGAUGCCACUUCCUGUCUUCCCUCUCAUCCUCGAGGACGAUUUCGAUGCUCCCGUCUCCAGCACCUUCCAGGCUGGUCUAGAACUGCUUAUGGAGAUCGACACUACCUGGUGCGUCCCUCAGAUCGUCGAAAAGGGCAAGUCGGAGCGCGAGCGUGUCCGCGAGAGGCUCGCCAAUCGGUCGACUGCGCAGUUCAACCUCCAGAACCUGCGUCUCGAGAAGGCCGCCCUUGCACUCACCAUCAACGGCGGCCCUGUGCACGCGCAGCCCUCGCGCAAGGUGGCAGCGCUUCCGACGCGCGUCCCUCCUGCGAAGCGCGACAUUGCAGUGCCUGAAACCAAGGAUGGCUUCGCUCAGACCGAGGUUGCGGACGCCCCAGCCCGCAAUCACUCGCGCAGCACCUCGGCAAGCAGCUCCGCGUCCAAGAUUUCUGCAGAUGCAGUCUUCGACAGCGCGCCCUGCCCUGGAACGCCGGUGACGGAAUACACAGGCACACCGACCAAAGAGGUCCAGUCACAUGCCGCCGCCUCUUCCGAUGGAAAGGUCGUCCCUCAACAGGUUUCGAGGGACGACAAGAUUAACAACACCAUCGGAAUCGCAAAGGAGACAGAAUCGCUCCACACUCCCGCCACAGUCUCCCGAGACGUGGAUGAGACCAGGAACUAGGACAUUGUGGCCUCAUUCCCCGUUCCCGGACGAGAAUGGCGCGACACAGAACUUGACUUCGCGGUCCUCUCCGACGGCCGCAUCCUC